GGGCGGGGCGGCGCGCGAAGCCUGGUGGGAGCGCGACAGGCGGGCUGGUAACCUACAGCCGUGGACAGACAUGGUCCCCGCGGCGUGGGCGCUCCUCCUUCCCCUGCUCGGGUUCCUGCUGCCCGCGCGGGCCCUGGGCCAUGCCUGGGACCCCGCCGGCUACCUACUCUACUGUCCCUGCAUGGGGCGGUUUGGGAAUCAGGCAGAUCACUUCUUGGGCUCCUUGGCAUUUGCAAAGCUACUGAACCGGACCCUGGCUGUCCCACCAUGGAUUGAAUACCAGCAUCACAAGCCUCCAUACACCAAUCUGCAUGUGUCCUAUGAGACAUACUUCAAGUUAGAGCCACUCAAGGAAUAUCAUCGGGUCAUCAGCUUGGAAAAGUUCAUGGAGGAGUUGGCCCCAAUCCACUGGCCCCCUGAGAAUCGAGUGGCCUACUGCUUUGAUGUUGCAGCCCAGCGGAGUGCUGACAAGAAGACCUGCCCCAUGAAGGAAGGGAACCCCUUUGGUCCAUUCUGGGAUCAGUUCAAUGUCAAUUUUAAUAGAUCGGAACUUUUUGGUGGCAUUGCCUUCAGCUCUUCCUACAAGGACCAUUGGAUCCAAAGGUUUCCCCCAGAUAAACACCCAGUGCUUGCCCUGCCUGGAGCUCCAGCCCAGUUUCCGGUGUUGGAAGAACACAGGGCCCUGCAGAAGUACAUGGUGUGGUCAGACGAGAUGACAAAGAAGGGGGAGGCCCAGAUCCAGUCUCAUCUCAUCAGGCCUUACAUUGGGGUUCAUCUCCGAAUUGGCUCUGACUGGAAAAAUGCCUGUAAUAUGCUGAAGGAUGGGACAGCUGGCUCCCACUUCAUGGCUUCACCUCAGUGCGUAGGCUACAACCGUAACACUGCCGCACCUCUUACCAUGGUCAUGUGCCUGCCAGACCUGAAGGAGAUCAAACGUGCCCUGAGGCUCUGGGUGAAGACGGUAAAAGCCCAGUCCAUCUACAUUGCCACAGACUCAGAGAGCUAUGUCUCUGAAAUUCAGCAGCUGUUCAAAGGGACGGUGAAGGUGGUGACCCUGCAGCCUGAAGUGGCACAGAUUGACCUAUAUAUCCUUGGCCAGGCAGACCACUUCAUUGGCAACUGUGUCUCUUCCUUUACUGCCUUUGUGAAACGGGAACGGGACUUACGGGGCCAGUCCUCCUCCUUCUUUGGCAUGGACCGUCCCCCACAGCUUCGGGAUGAGUUCUGAUUUUCCAUCCUCUCCCCCAGCAAUCAAGGCCAUGGAUCCAGUGGUGGUGGUGUCAUCUGGCCAGACAGCGAGGUCAGGUCACCAGCCUGCUUCAUCCAAAUGCUGGGGCGUGGGGGAGUAGGAGGGUGGCUGUGUCCAGUGUCUGGUCUUAACCUACCUGAAUUCCAGGAUAUAAGCUGCCUUCUCAUCUUACCUGCUGGAGACCAGAAAGCAGAAUACCUCAAACUGCAAGGGCUUCCUCUAAGAAGAGAGCUGCCUUUGUGGUACAUUUCUGGGUAAUUCCUGAGCUAAUCCUUAGUAUUAGACAAUGGAAUACCCUGUUUCUUCCUUAUUUCCCCAUGCUCCUCUGUCUUCAUCCUGCUGUUUCUUCAAGGGGUCUCUGUUUAAUUGGCAUUCUCUAAGCAUCCACUGGCAACAUAAUGUGGUGGAGAGGGCAUGGGAUUUGGAAGCACUGCCUUUUCUACUUACAAGAUGUGUGACUUUGAGUGAGUCACCUCAACUCUGUGGACCUCGCUUAUCCCAUCUGUAAAAUAAGAGUGUUGGCAUAGGUGACUUCCAAGGUCCCUUCCCACUCUAACUCUAUAAUCCUCUGAGCAGCAGAUCUUCUGGAUUACAGCUUUUCUAGUUUUAAUACAUGACCAGCCCAGAUUUUUGUCCCCACAUAACUAUUUUUAUAACAGUGGAAGGCAUUCAUAUGGAAACCUAAAGUGGCCUUAACAGUGCAGACAAAUGAGAAACUGGAAUAGACUUGGCAACCUAUACCAUUCUUGCCAAAGAUGGCCCUUUGGUUGUUUGCAUGCUGCCACUGCCUUUCUGCAUUAUCAUGGUCACCUCUCCUUUUGGGGUUCUCCUCCUUGUGAGAGCCCAUGUGCACUGACAUCCCAGAAGGACCAUUUUGAAUAAGCUGAUCUCUAGCAAACCUCUCAGUAUUAAGAAUUUGCUUAAAUGACUUUUACUCCCUCUGGGCUCCAGAGUGCUGACUGAAACUUUGUGCUUAUUUCCUGCCUUCCUUCCUUUGCAUGGUGGGAUCUGAGGCUCUGGCCAUGGGGUGUGACAACCAAGAUGCAAGUGGCCCAGUCACUGGAUGGGACUUCGAGAUCAGUCUUCUCAAUAUUAAGUGACCCUUGACAUCCUCUCUUACUCUAGCUUCCAGCCUUUCUGUAGGACCUGUGAGAUUUUCUUCCGAAGCUCUGUCUAAAUCCGGAGGAAAUCAUUCUCUCUCAGCAUAUUCUUAUGACUAAGGCACUAUACAAUCAUCCUGCCUACUGCCCAAGGGUGGAAACUUUAGCUCAAUGAUUUCUAAAGUUCUCAGAUUUCAACACUGAAAGAUAGCCUGCCCACCUCUGCCUCAGUUUCUCCUUGGUGGAGGCAGUUCAGUCUGGGAACUAGGAGACCUCACAGAGGAACCCCAGGCUUACCACUCAUCACUUUGGUUUUAACAUUGACAUUCAUCUUCUGAGGAAGAGCUUAAUUCCCCCUGUAGGGUGGAAGUGAUUUACUGUAGAGGUCACAGCUUGAUCAGGGGACUUGCCUCAGGAUGCCAGUCUGUGAAGGGAAGGCAUGCAGGAAGAUGAGUUUGUGCUGUUCAAAUUCUGUUGCUACAAAGGGGCCUUAGGAAACCCUUCUGAGUGAGGAAAAGCCCCUGGAAAGGCAUUUUGUAUUUUUUUUCAAUAAAAUAUAGCUAUACAUUUUUAAGUCUUGAAUAAAUUAUCCAAAUGACCAUCUCUCACUCCUGUCCCCAGCCAGCCAGGCAGAUUAACAAGCUGGUAAACAGACCUAGCAACCUCCUCAUGUCCAAACAUCUGCUCUGUCCAAACGUGCUGACCCAGAAUAAGGUCACAAGAACAACCUGCUCCAUACUUAAAGCUUGUGUAGUUUAGUGAGUCACUGUGUAGCUCACAUUUCUGCAGGGCUUUUACAGUUUACAAAGCUCUUUCCUCACAAUACCCCUACAAAGGAAGCAAGAAAAGGCUUAUCUUCAUUUUACAAAUAGGCACAAUGAAACCCAGAAAGAUGAAAUUGUUUGGUCAAGGUCACAUGGUUAGCAGAGACUCAAAUUUGGUCUCUAAAUCCAAUGUGCUCCAAUUUAUCAACAGAUGAAUAUUAACAGGCACCAGCUGUGUUGGAUAUUGGACAAUAAUUAAAUGAUGGGUCUCAGUUUCUUCAUCUAGAAAAUAGGUCAACUAAUAUUGCCCUUUAUAGGUUUAUAAGGAUAUGAUAAAUACACAGUGGCUGUUAAGUUAAGGAGGCUGAGUUUAAAACUGAAUCAGAAUUGGGGGAGGGGGCAGGUAGACUGCAGCAUAUCACUUACAAUGACUUAAGAAACAAAAAAAGAUCACAAAAGAUAUCAAGGACAUGUAUGCCUGGAAAAGGCAGUGGGCCAAUUGUGUAGUAGGAAUGGGGAUAAGAUUCUUAAAUGGGUAUCCAUGAAAUAUUAAAAGACCCAGAAGAAGGACUCUUACUUAGCUUCUUGAUCCUUCACAGAGGAUUUAUGGAAGGAAGGGAUGGGGAUAGAGACUAGAAGUUUGAUUUCAUUGGUUUAAGAAACUCAGAUAAGGAAAUUCCUUCCAAUGUUGGUUGCCAUGCUCCUUGUGAAGGUCAGUCAACAAGCAUUCACUUAGUAUACGUUAGGCCCUGUGCAA